AUGAGCGCCACUGUGACGCACACUGAAAGAUUCUUUGCUGAUCGCUCAGCACCUGUAUGCAGCCUUGAUGUUGGCAAGUCCUUUGCGCAGCUCAGCUCCGAGGAAAAGAAAUACGCGCAUUUCUUGUCGCAGGCGUCCUGGGCUGGUGCACGAAUCAUACAGGGCCAAUGGACACCCCAGGCGAAAGAUCUUUACGAUCUGAUAAUUCUUACCUUCAGCGAUGAUGCGAAUGGUCUUGCCGAUCUGGCAAAGCUUCAAACGGAUGCUGCACUCUCCUCGACGGAAUGGGAGGAUUUGUUACAAUAUACAUCUCAGGUGUUGAGCAACCUCGUCAAUUUCAAAACCUUUGGUUUCACGAAGAUAAUUCCUCGUGUCUCCUCUGAGAAAUUUGAGGCUGUCGUUUCUCACUCCGCGAACAGUACCAAGGCUUUACCCCUCUGGAACACUGUCAGUCGUCAUUAUCAUGAAAAUUCUGCCCUCUUCAUUGGCAAGCCAAAUAUCGGACAUAUUUCAAAUUACUACCUUGGUGAGCCCAUCGACGACGAUGAAGUUGAAUCCGUUCAGGCUGCUGCCGAGAAGUUGGGCGUUGACGUACUUAACACACGCGUCGUUAAGCACGGUUCUGGAGAUUUUACGCUCUUGAUAGCAUCUGCCAAUCCUCAGCCACCUGCUGUGCUUGAGAUUGAACAUCCAGCCAAGGCCGCACAACUCAAGAUACAAUACGGCGAUUUCUCUGAGGAGCUUACUGCGGUUGUUAACUCACUGCGAGAGGCUAAGAAAUAUGCUGCCAAUGAGAAUCAGACGAACAUGAUCGAAGGCUAUAUUAAAUCGUUCGAAUCUGGCUCCAUUCAAGAUCACAAAGAUGCUUCCAAAUGGUGGGUGAAGGAUGUUGGGCCUGUGGUGGAAUCCUACAUUGGGUUUAUCGAAACGUAUGUUGAUCCAUACGGCGGACGUGCGGAAUGGGAAGGUUGUUUUACUGCCAUCGUCAACAAGGAGCUCAGUUCGAAAUAUGACGUGCUUGUGUCCAGUGCACCUGAACUCAUCAAAGUUUUGCCUUGGGGUAAAGAUUUUGAGGUUGACGUUUUCAGGAAGCCCGACUUCACCGCUUUGGAAAUUGUAUCCUUUGCAACUGGAGGCAUCCCUGCUGGAAUCAAUAUCCCCAACUACUAUGAUGUCCGAGAGUCAACUGGUUUCAAGAAUGUUUCCCUUGCCAACAUCCUGGCAGCCAAAGCCCCGAACGAGGAGCUGACUUUCAUCCAUCCGGAUGAUGUUGAGCUCUACCACGCUUGGGACAGCAGGGCUUUCGAGUUGCAGGUUGCCAACCACGAACUACUCGGCCAUGGUUCCGGCAAACUAUUUGAAGAGUAUGCGGACGGAUCGAAAAAUUUCGAUCCCUCAAAGGUUGAUGAGCGCACAUCCUGGUACAAACCGGGCCAAACUCCAGGUUCUGUUCUGGGAGAAGUGUCCUCAUCGAUGGAAGAAUGCCGCGCGGAGACGGUUGCCCUUUAUUGUGAGUUGAAUUCCGAAUGGGGGCUUUGCGCUGAUACGGGCUACACGGACAAACAAGAGAUCGACGACAUUCAAUACAUCACAUUCUUGCUCAUGGCGAGAGCUGGGCUGAGGGCUCUCGAGUUCUAUGAUCCUGCUAAGAAGAAGCAUGGUCAAGCUCACAUGCAAGCUCGGCUAGGCAUCACCCAGCAUUUGAUAGCAGGAGGUAUUGCUCGACUUGAGGAGGUUAGGAAUGCCGUGGGUGAGCUGGAGAAUCUCUACGUCGAUCGGCAGUCUGUUCUUGAGCGCGGAAAGGAGGUCGUCGGGAAGCUUUUGGUAGAGCUUCAAGUCCUUAAGAGCACGGCAGAUGCUGCUGGAGCGCGGAGUUUCUAUACCAAAUUAACCAAACCGGAUCCGGCUUGGGAGGGCGAAAUUAGGGACCUCGUAAUACGAAAAAAGCUGCCCCGCAAAAUCUUUGUCCAACCCAACACCGUUUUGGUUGAUCAGGAGGUCCAAUUGAAGGAAUACCCACUUACGCCCGCAGGAGUCAUUGAGAGCUUCAUUGAGCGAGGUAUUUGA